CAGAAAAUAACAGAUUGAUUGAACAAAAAGUUUUAAUUAUUGCCACAAAAUAUUAGUAGAAAACUAGUAAUUAUCGUUUCAAUACAAUACAAAUCAUAACUAUAAUACAACAAAAAAAAAAGAUAUUUCACACACAUAUUCAAUAUAUAUUUAUCACUUUUUUAUUGAGAGAUCAAUUUCCAUCAAUUAUUAUGUCAGUUAAUAAUAGGGACAUUCAAUUAGUAUCGCAGGUAAACAAGUCAGUCGGCAUCAGCAGCACCGGUAGCAGUAGUACUACUAGUAGUAGUUGUAGUACAUCACUGUGGUCGGCACCGACAUCAAAGUUUCGGCGAAUUGAUCUGCCGGAAGCAUUGGCCAAUUACUCUACGGGACACAUACACGCCGUACAUAUUAUUUUCUGGUUUCGCGAGCCAACCACUGGUAUGGCCUACGCACUGAUGCAGAUCAGAAGCGACGGUCAGUUUGGUUUUCCCGGCGGCAAAUGCGACGAACCGGUGGUCGACGAACAAGAGAUGAUGAGUGCGCUCUAUCGGGAGAUCUGGGAAGAGAUGGACUAUAGGUUAGGCGACGGCGACAUCACAAUCGGCGACCAUUUGUUUAGUCACGUGCGGACACACGACGAGGCCAAGGUAUUGCAUUUUUUCGGCAAACAGUUAACCGCCGAACAGUUUCGUCAUCUGGAGCUCACCCACAGUCACGCCGAGUCGUUUCCCAGCGAAACAGUAGGUAUUAUUCGGAUACCGUUAGGCCAGUCGGAUAUCGGCGAGUGUCGGGCUGUACGCAAGUUUUUUGCCGGUUUUGGACGACAAAAGUUUGCCGGAAAUGCCAGAAACCAAUUAUUGGAGUCAAUAGUGGCUCUGAAAUUGAUCUCUCCAGAGGACAUACAGUAUGUAAUAAGUCGUAUCGUUUGACUACGGGUUAGCUCACAAUUAGCUCAUCUGUAAGUAAGU